AUGACUACCAUGUUUACUCCCACAGAGCCGGCAGCCGCCUCAAUAUCAGCACCAUUACAAGGAUCUGAAUCAGGAUCUUCGUCCAACAGCCAUAUGUUCCUGAUUAACUUUUACAGGAGAUACUUUGAAUUGGACAGUGAGAUCUUCCUCAAGAAGUUGCGCACUGCUGCCAACCCGUUCAAGGAGAUGGAAGAGUAUCGUGAUGAGCCUCUGAAUAAUGAGAUUUAUGGGUUCAUCUGGAUCACAGGAACACUCGUGUUGAUGAUGUUUAUUAGUACUACGGGUACAAACCUUUUACUUUGGAAUCCUGCUCAUGAAAAGUUUAGUUAUGACUUCAAUCUCUUGACCAAAUCAGUGACUAUAUUCUAUGGCUACAAUCUUAUAGUACCAGCAUUAUUGUAUAUUGCUAGUGGAUGGAUAUUCAAGUUUCCAGAACCUGUACCCUUGGUCCACACCAUUUCCGUCUACGGUUACACCAAUAUCUUGUGGUUGCCGAUCACUGGUAUCAACUUUUUAAUUGUGCUUUUGGUUCAUGUGGAAGAACAAAAGACUUUGAUAUCAAUUUUAGAAUGGACAAUUGUUGGUGUUAGUGGAGCGAUAACAUGUUUUUCUAACUUACAUCAAUUAAGCCCAAUCAUCAAGAGAAAUUGCUUGAUUAAUGCCGAUAAUAACUUGGAGUUGGCUACAAGACAACAUACACUUAUCAUUGGAUCAUUGGCGGUUGCUCAUAUCUUGUUCACAAUUAUAGUGAAAUGGAGUUACUUUGGUAUUACUUAA